AAUAAUGCUCCAGUGAGCACCGCAGCCUGCACAGCGCCAGGUUCGGGCUGGCGGGGGCCUGUGCGGGAGGAUUGCACAGGAGCUGUCUCUCCUUUCAUGCCAGUGAGUGGCUGGCGGAAGAGUCUGGACAGAGCCAUUACUCACCAGUCUCGCUUUUGUUUAACCGCCCAGCAGCGCUUGUCUGAAGUUUUGAAUAGGAGCAAAACUUGGAAGCAGCCAGAGAGAGACACAUCUCCGACCCCUGGCUCCAGGAGCCCAGGAAAACUGCGUGGCACAACACUCCUGCUUCAUGGGGAGCCGCCCCUUAAUCUGGGAGAAGAGAGCACAGAGCCAUCUGAAUGAAGGAUAAAGGGAUGCCAGCGUGCCAGCUCUUGGCACUGGCUUGCAUCUUGCUGGGCUCUGCUUUGGGGGAGUUCCCGGUACACCGCCACCUGGAGAAGCUGCCCCCCCAGGUGCCUCUGCAGCAAGCUCCAGGCUUGAAGGAACGUUUCCUGCUGCUUUCGCUGCACAACAAACUGCGGAGCAAAGUCCAGCCGCCCGCUGCCAACAUGCAGAGGAUGGACUGGAGUGAGAAGCUGGCCCAGCUGGCCCAGGAGCGAGCAGCCAGCUGCCUGGUGGGGGCCCUGCCCCGCCCUCCACACCACACCCAGCAUCUGGGCUGGAAUGCCCAGCUGCUCCCCGCCGGGGCGGCCAGCUUUGCCGCCGUGGUGGAGCUGUGGUUCAGCGAGGGAUGGAGCUAUGACUAUCACGCAGCACAGUGCCUGGAGAACGCCACCUGCAGCCACUACACCCAGCUGGUCUGGGCCACCUCCAGCAGGCUGGGCUGCGGGAAGCAUGCCUGCAUCGAGGGCCAGGAGAGGAGAGAGGCUUUCGUCUGCGCCUACUCCCCAGGGGGGAACUGGGAGAUGAAUGGGAAGACGAUCGUCCCUUACAAGAAAGGAGCCUGGUGUUCACUCUGCACCUCAGGAUGCUCCGGAUGCUUCAAGUCGUGGGAUCACAGUGGGGGGCUGUGUGAGGUCCCCAGGAACCCCUGUCGGAUGACCUGCAGGAACGACGGGCGGUUGAACAUGAGCACCUGCCACUGCGACUGCCUGCCAGGGUACACGGGCCGGUACUGCCAAGUGAAAUGCAGCAUCCAGUGUCUCCAUGGAAGGUUCAGGGAGGAGGAAUGUUCCUGCCUCUGUGACAUCGGCUACGGCGGAGCAGAGUGUGGCACGAAGGUUCAGUUCCCUUUCCACACGUGCGACCUGAGGAUAGACGGGGACUGCUUCAUGGUUUCCUCUGAGGCAGACACGUACUAUGGAGCCAAAAUAAAAUGCCAGGAGAAAGGAGCCAUGCUGGCCCAGAUCACAAAUCAGAAAGUGCAAGAUAUUCUGGCCUUUUACCUGGGGCGUUUGGAACCCACCAAUGAGGUGACAGAACCGGAUUUUGAAACCCGGAACUUCUGGAUCGGUCUGACCUAUAAAACAUCCAAGGAUUUGUUCCGCUGGGACACGGGCGCCCAGUACUCCUUCACCAGCUUCGCGUUCGGCCAGCCAGACAGCCAGCGGUUUGGGAACUGCGUUGAGCUCCAGGCAUCGGCCGCCUUCAACUGGAACGACCAGCGCUGCAAGACCCGAAACCGCUACAUCUGCCAGUUUGCUCAGGAGCACAUCUUCCUGUGGCAGCCCGAGCCCUGAGCCUGCACAGCUUCUGGCUGCUGAGUGGUGAGCGCGACAUCGCCUCCAGCCCGCAGGCGGCUUGAGAGAAAGAACCCGCUGCUGCUGUUCUGCCAGGUCUUCUACCGCCCCCCUGGGCGCUCGGCCCAUCCCAGCCAUGCUGACACCCCCCUGAGGGCCGGGGGCCAGAGGUGGCGCCAGGACCUGCCGAAUGCUCCAGAGACAGUGCUUCCAGGGCUGCCCUUCCAGACCGGAGCGGGAGCGUGGGGGGGCCAGAUCAACCUGCACAGCUGCUCCGGGGGCCCUGACUCCACCAGAGCCAUCGCAGUCUAGCCAGGUGGGGGUCUCUGGGGUGCAUCCCAGCCCCUUGCCCAUGGAACAGCCCCGAGUUCCUGUAAAACAGCCCCUCCCUCACACGUGGCCGCGGGGCAGAAGCAGCUGCUUCGUGUCCCCACCCCCUUCCUCUGGGGCACGAUGGCACACCUGCGCAGGGAGCCCCUCGCUUCUCCCGGCUGUGCCAGAGGGAGCAGGGCGCUCCCCAUGGGUUCCCCUAGUCCAUCGCUUUGCGGCCCUGAGACGGAAUAGGGCCGGCUUAGCGGACUCUGCGGGACUCGCUGGUGGGAGCGGGCUGGGGAGCUGAGUGGCGCAGAGUCUGUCCUGCCUAGAGCUGGCGGUGCUCUGCCAGGGCUGUGGGCCCCCCCAAAUCACAGCCGAGAUGCGCCCUGUGGAGAAGGCAGAUGUGGCUGCUGGGUCUAGGACUCGGUGUCCAGUCGCUAGCCAGGGCCAUCCCGCCUCCCGCUGUAGCCCGGCUGCAGGAGGCAGCCUUCCCCGGGCAGGCAGGUGCAGCGUGGCCACGAUCUCGGUCCCAUGCCCCUUCGCUCUGCCAGUCGGCCCCGCCACGGCUCAGUACUGACGAAGCCGGGUAGCUCCAGUACCAACCCGCUCUCAGCUCCCGGAGGCCUAGAGGCUUUUCUGUUCAGGCCUGUUCUUUCGCGCUGUGCAGCAGCUCUCCGGCCUAAGCGACACGAACUCGAGACCUGGGGCUGUUCUAAUAAAGCUGGCCUCUGUCUCCAGCUGCAGGGCUGGCCCAGGUGAGCGGUGGGAGCCACCUGCCUUGGCGUGGGGCAAAAGGAGGAGAAAAAUGGGGAGUGGUGAAAGCAAAAGCCAGGGGCCCUCCUCAGCAUGUCACCUGCUCCCUGCUGCAAUCAUCUCUCCUGCCACUUCCCACUGGCAUCCUACACUGGGCUAGGGCCCCCCUCCUGCCUGCCAUCCCAGGGCUCAGCUUGCCUUCCCCCUCAGCUGCUGUCCUGCACUGUGGCUGGCCUAGAUGGGCAAGGAGGGAUAGCUUAGGGGUUUGAGUAUUAGCCUGCUAAAUCCAGGCUUGUGAGCUCAGCCCUUGAGGUGGCCAUGUAGGGAUCUGGGGCAAAAAUCUGUCUGGGGAUGGGUCCUGCUUUGGGCAGGGGGUUGGACUAGAUGCCUCCUGAGAUCCUAUGAAGGAACUGCUCUGCCAGGAGCUGUGUGUGGCCAGGUCCCCAGGGAAUGGGAGGGUUGCAUUUCUCAACUCAACAGCCCACAUGGGAGAUCAUGAAGUGCCCUGCAAAGGAAAAGAAAGCAAGGGGGCUUGGGCCAUUUUCUGCUGGAGGGAGGGGCUCUGCUUGGGUUUUAUACUGGAAAUUCAGAGCCUGUCUGGCCAGGCAGACUUGCAGGUAACUAGGGAGCUAGUGUAAACGAGGGAGGAAAAGACGAGGUUUAGUUCUUAGCACUGGGUGGGGGUGUCUAGGGUCAGGCCAUGGUGCAAGGUGCUGUACA